AUGAACCAUUUCCCGCCCUCUCCAAACUACCAGCUAAGCCCGGUUCCUUCUGGCCGAGCGACUCCGCUUCCAUUUAUUCCGAGACGAACAGAGUCAUCCGGCUCGUCGUCCGGCACCGAUGGCGCGCUGGCGGAAACUUCUCGUCAUAGCAAUCCCUGCUCUGACAUCGAGAACUGGACGAGCUCUAGCUCUAGCUCUAGCUCUCGCGCUCCAGGGGCGAUGAUGCCCAGUCAGCACCCACCAAGCUACUCCAUGGGUCCAUCUCACUCCCCGAUGGAGACGGUGGCGGACGGCAUCCCCCGUAUGUUUCCCUACGACCAAGGCUGGUCGAACACCUUCAUGGCGCCCAGUUCCACCACGGCUCCAUUGCAUCCCGGCCUGCGUCGUCCCCACGACUACAACGGCCCUUUAGGAUGGGGACGUGAGACAGACGGCGGUACUUUCAAUCCGGGCCCCUCGUACGCUUCUUCUCGCGCCCACGUCCCGCCCCAGAAUCAGCCCGAGGCUUCUGGACCGAACUAUGCUUCAGCGAGCUUAUCGCCGCCGUCGUCCACCCUCUCGAUCUCCUCCUACCAGGACGGGCACGACGGCAGCGAUCCUCAAUCUGCUGUCACCACGCCGAGCCUCGACCGGCUGACCAGCCCAGACACCGAAGAGGAAGCCAACGCGGACCCUCCUUAUUCUCUCCUAAUCUACCAGGCUCUCCGGAAUGCACCGGGCAUGAAAUUGCCUCUUCAGGGCAUCUAUGACUGGUUUGUGAAGAAUACGGCCAAGGGAAAAGACCGGAGCUCCAAAGGCUGGCAAAAUAGCAUUCGUCAUAACCUAUCUAUGAACGCGGGCUUCGAGGCGGUUCGAGAGGAAUCGAUCCCCGGCAAAAAAUCCGUGAAUUACUGGCGCCUGACCGACGAGGCCGUCAAGAACGGCAUCCAAUCUACAACCCGGUACAGGAAGCAGGCGAAUUACAAGAAGAUCCUGUGUUCGGACCCACCGGCACCUCAACGCCAGCGAUCUGGCGCCAAAGGAGGCAAGGCGACGAAAAUCACCGCCAAGUUCCGAGGACAUGUGAGCCCGGACCACUUUCGACGCGAGCGAGGCCGUUCGCGCCUGAUGUGCCAGCAGCGUCGACUGCAUAAAAGAAUUCGAGACUUUUGA